GGAGGUGGUGUUUUCGGUCGGAUGCAGAUGGAUAGGUACCAGAGGGUGGAGAAGCCCAAGGCGGAGACGCCGAUCAACGAGAACGAAAUUCGCAUCACAACUCAAGGCAGGAUUAGGAACUACAUCACUUAUGCUACCACUCUCCUUCAGGAGAGAGGCUCCAGUGAGAUUGUCCUUAAGGCAAUGGGCAGAGCCAUUAAUAAGACUGUGAUGGUCGCAGAGCUUAUUAAGAGAAGGAUUGUUGGUCUACAUCAGAAUACUUCAAUUGGAUCAACUGAUAUAACAGACACGUGGGAGCCACUUGAAGAAGGCCUUCUUCCUCUGGAGACUACUCGUCAUGUCUCAAUGAUCACAAUUACGUUGUCAAAGACGGAGCUGGACACAUCCUCCACAGGAUAUCAACCUCCUCUACCAGCCGAUCAAGUGAAACCAUUGAAUGAAUUUGAUUAUGAUGGAGAGGGAUCACCAAGUGCGAGAGGAAGGGGACGCGGUGGUCAAGGAAGGGGCAGGGGAAGAGGUAAUUAUGCCCCAAAUUAUGGUGGGGCAGGGGGCUACAAUGGGGAUGGUUGGGAGGGUGGGCGUGGUUUUGGUGGCAGAGGUCGUGGACGUGGAAGAGGUCGUUCUUUCCGGGGUCGGGGGCGAGGAUAUGGUGCAGGAGCAUACUAUGAUCAUGGGGAGUAUGAUGUACCCCCUGUCCAAGGUCGUGGGCGAGGGCGUAGCAGGGGAAGGGGCCGUGGGCGUGGUGGUAAUACCAGGUCAGAUGUGCCAGUCCAAGCAAGAGCUGCUUGAGCAGCAUAUCAGUGUCUUUGCGUGUUGAUUUGGGAUUGAAAAUGAUCUGUGGAUGCCUGCUCUGCUUGUGUCUUCGUGAAGUCAAUGCUAUUACAAUAGCAGUCUUUCAUUUGGAGUAGAAGUAGUUGCGGUUUUGCCUUUUUGUAGUUUUCUAGGAAUGUUUCUUCAGGGAUUCUGACAAGUUUUCUUAUAUACCCACCAAAAGAUGUACAAAAUUUCACAGUUCUUUUAUUUUAUAUAGGAAUAAUAGAGCAGUUCAUUCUUUGAUUCUUGACGUGAAUUAGAUCAUUCAUGCUAACAUGAGGAUUAGAUUUCUGUCCAAGUUCCCGCUUUGUCUUCGUUACCUUCUGGAAAAAUACCACUCUAGCGGAGAAGUAGAAUACUG